UUGCACCUGUUAACGUCGGAAGCAGUCCACAGGUUGCCCAAUCCUCAAAUCUCUCUCUCUCUCUCUCUCUCUCUCUCUCUCUCUCUCUCUCUCUCUCUCUCUCUCUCUCUCUCUCUCUGUGUCUCUCUCUCUGUCUGUGUCUGUCUCUCUUUCUCUGUGCCUGUCUGGCUUUCUCUCUCUUCUCUCUUUCUCUCUCCCUCUCUUUGUUGUUUCUCUCCCUCUCUCUCUCUCUCCCUUCUCUCUACCCUUCUCUUCGUUCUAUCCCUCUCCGUCCUCCCUCUAGCGGACUCGCUUGCGGUCUGGUCCUUUUUCUGGAUCGCUGUUCUUCUGACACCUGGCUACAAGGUAACCUCUUGUUCACAUCUGGCGGCGGUCGGGAAUCGAUCCCUGAUCCAUAAGGAAUUUAAGGCUAUUAUUAUUCAUUAUAUUCGUUAAGAGUAUCUUUUAAGAAAGCUUUCAAAUUUCGUUGAUUAUUUAGUGGAUUAUUCAGUGUUAUUUUCGGGUUUCCAUUGUCGGCGGUAUCAUUCAUUAUGAUGAUGGCGGCCAUGGCUGCGGCAGCACUCGUGGUAGAUAAUACCCAUGGUAGUGAUAACAGGAAGAGAAGCAUGAAGGUGCGCAGCUCGACUUGCUGGCUAUCUUGUCCACGGCACCUACCCCUUACCUUUCUCUCUCUACGCCUGGUUUCUCCCAUACUGAUUGUGUAUCUUUCAUCCUUCUUGUGGUGCGCCCUCUUUGCACCACGCGUAGCAUAUGCAUCUCGAACGCCUCCCUUUCCUCCUCCUCCUCCUCCUCCUCCUCCUCCUCCUCCUCCUCCUCCUCCCACAUCGCGGCCGCCGCAGUGCAUGCGAGUCGGCAUGACUGUUGCCCGGCGAGGAGGCGAAGGCUGGUUGUCGUCGAACGGAAGGUUCGUCCUGCGAGUCAGUGAAGAUGGGACCUUUGUCAUCGAGCGCCACGUGUCAGAUAAGGAUAGCGUACGUGGCUAUGGCUAUGGCGGCGGCGGCGGCGACGACGACGGGGGAGGAAGCAGUUCUCUAGCCACUGCUGCUGCUGCUACUGCUGCUGUGAAUAAGAUAUGGACGGCAAAGGAUGAUCGAGGAGAGAUUGUAAUGACGGGAAUGAUUGCCCAAUUACGAGAGGAUGGGGGACUUGUGCUGUUCAACAGCCUCGGGGAGAGCGUUUGGCAAGCGCUACCGUCGGCGAUUGCUCCUGUUUUUCAUCUCACCGACCGUGGAGUGCAGACCAAGAAGGACAGUAAUGGCAUCUUGAUUGCCCCGAAAAAGCAGGAAGGGGAGGAGAAGGAGGAGGAGGAGGAGGAGGGGGAAGAGGAGGAGGAGGAGGAGGAGAAGGAGGAGGAUAGGGAGCAGGGUGUCUUCGUGGUGCUCAGUGGUUGCCUUGGGGAUGACGGCAAUUUGGUUCUACGGGGCGGCAAUGACGUGCAGGGUUGGAGUAGCGUCUCAGAGUCCAGGGGGGCGCAGCAAUCGGCGCGCUUCUCAGACUCUAGGGGACAACGACCGGUGCUCUUCUCAGACUCUAGGGGGCAACGACCGCUACGCUUCUUCGACUCGAAGGGCCGGCGACCGGUGGCUCGCUUCGUGAAAAGAUCACUGCGACCGCAGCGGUCCCCUUCUCGCGGUACACCAUUGUUGCGACCGGUCGCUUCCGUUCCCAAUCAGGCGGCGAUGGACGUGACUUGGCAUGGUUCCGUUGACUCUCGGCUCUUGGAACUUGUUCAGCAAGGUCUCCACCUUUCGCCGGCAGCAACGGAGAUGGAUGGCGAAGGACGGAGUACGGAGAUUCCUCCCUCCUCUGUCUGCGGAAAAGCAGCGAAAGCAGCCAUGAUCGCUCCUGAUCGCGGUAAUAAUGCAGCAGGUGCAAAACGCCGUCUGCAGCAGCACGACUCUUCCAUCGACCAAUCGCUCCCUUGCCGCGCAGCUGCAAGACGCCAUCUGCAGCAGGAUCAGCCCGUGCAGCAGGAUCAGCCCGUCCCAGCUGCGAACGCCUCUUCCUCGCACAAUUCUUCCACCUCCUCCGCUGUGCCAAUAGGUGUGAUCGUCGGGGCCGUGUGCGCGAUGACGCUGUGCAAGCGCCGCGAACGGAAGGGACCUCAACCUGGCGGUGGUCCCCACCCACCGCCGCGGCCUAUGCCGGCAAACGACCCGUCAUCUCCGCACGAUCUUCGACCCGUCGACGACCAGGGUGGUUCUCGAUCGGGUGGUAGUGGCGCCAGCUCGCAGCCAACGGGCAGGAGGUCUCCGAUGCUCCCCCAAUCCGAUCCAUCGAAGCCCGCCAGUGCCGACAUCCCGACCGAGGUAAUCAAUCAAGUGCUGCACGGACCGCGAAAGUUCUCCUUCGCCGACCUCAAGGCUGCCACGUCGGAUUUCUCACAACAGCUCGGCAAGGGCGGGUUCGGUACAGUGUACGAGGGCGCGCUCCCGAAAGGCACCAAGAUCGCGGUCAAAGCUUUGAACAUGUCCGCCGCCGAGGGGUCUGAAGUCGAGUUCAUGAAGGAGAUCGCAGCCAUUGGCAACCUGCGCCACAGCAACAUCCUGCCCUUGAUCGGAUAUUGCACGGAGAACGGCGAGUUCAUGCUGGUCUAUCAGCUCAUGGAGAAAGGGGACCUGCACGACGCCCUGUUUGGCGGGGAGGUGGUGCUUCCGUGGAAGACACGUGUCAGCAUUGCCUUGGAUGUCGCUAAGGGUAUCGCCUACCUCCACGGAGAGUGCGGACGCAACAUCGUGCACUCCGACAUCAAGCCCAAGAAUAUUCUUCUGAACAACAACUGGAGGGCGCACGUGGCCGACUUCGGUCUGGCAAGGUUCAGAGGGGAGAACCAAGACGACAUCCUGACUUGGAACAUCCGCGGGACCAAGCCGUACAUAUCGCCGGAGUACGCGAUGCAAGGGAUUCUGACUGAGAAGCUGGACGUUUACAGCUAUGGAAUGGUGCUGCUGGAGAUGGUCACGGCUAUCAGGAACCUGCAGAUGGGAGAGGAUGGCACCCCGAUCUACCUGCCGAAGGUCGUGAUAACGAGGUUGCUGGGGGGGGAUUUGGAGGGGUUGGUAGACUCGAGACUGAAGGGUAAUUACGACAAGGCGGGGGCGGAGAGGCUCUUGCGGAUCGGGCUGGUAUGCUUGAUGAUGAACCCUGCUGAUCGUCCCACCAUGUUUACUGUGAUUACGCUCUUGACCGGGAAUGGAGAGGUGAAAUUAGAUGAGAGCUUCAGAGGGAUCUUGGCGCCCUUCAGCGAGGAUGUAGACUCCCAUGGUGUCGUUAGCACAUCCAGCAGUUAUGGCCUGUCCUCGCUCGAUUGCUUCCGCGCCGGCGGGGGGGAAGUGCCUUAUCAGCGGGCCAACACCAGUGGCACUUAUGGGCGGGGGGGGGGKGGCGCCAACGGUGCUUAUCACCACCGGGGGAGAACCGAUGGGGCUCAGCCGAGGCCCACCCUCGAUGCUCCUUAUCAGCCAGUUAGCUCCGAUGUGACGUAUCCAAUGAUGCGCUUUACGGAGGGAAGGUAAGCAGCGCACCAUUCUCACGACACUCGGGACUUCCUGAACUGAAUUUGAACAGUAAUUGCGGUCAAAUGCAUUCAGGAAAGGCCCGAUUUUACAGUACUAUAUCCCCUCAAACGAUAUACAUACGUACUAUAGAGUAGAGAAUUCCACGUCCGGUUCUGUUCCGCACAUGGGCUGGUCCAAAUCGGUUCUUGUCUGAAGGGACGGGCGGACUGACGGAUGGAUGGGCGGAAAGACGGAUGACCGGUGGAUGGAGAGAGAGAGAGAGAGAGAGAGAGAGAGAGAGAGAGAGAGAGAGAGAGAGAGAGAGAGAGAGAGAGAGAGAGAGAGAGAGGGAUGUUUCCGUCCGUAAUUAUCGUCACAGUCAGUCCAAUUAGUCGGGAUAGGAAUGAUUCGGUCCCGACCGCAGCUCUUCCCCGUGCAACCGCCGGUGUUCUUUAUUAGCUGACGGAUGGACUUAUUCGGAUGGGUUGAUUGACGGAUGAUGACGACAACGACAGACUCUGUAGCAGCAGCGUAAGGCAGUUGGGAUCCCGAUCCGUUUCUCACAAUUUACGGCGAUUCGACCUAGUUUAGGUAUGUAGCCCUGUCAGACUAAAGGAUAGCUUGAUGGGUGGAGGGGUGGAGUGGAUGGAGAUGAUGGAGAGGGUGAAGACGAUGAAGACGAUGAAGACGAUGAAGAGAGGAUGAAGAGAGGAUGAAGAGAGGAAGAGGAUGAAGAGAGGAUGAAGAGAGGAAGAGGAUGAAGAGAGGAUGAAGAGGAUGAAGAGAGUAUGAAGAGGAUGAAGAGGAUGGAGGCCACGUCGAACGAAGGAUGGGUGAAGGGAUGGAGGGGAUGGGGAAGAUGGAUGUUGCCCGCGCAUUCUGUCCCUGUAAACACAGACGACUGUUGCGUGGAAAAUGUGCAGCCGUUGUUUCGUGCAUGAUUGGAUUAGAUGUAUGAUAUGAUGAUGAUGAUGAUGAUGAUGAUGAUGAUGGCAUUUAUGGAUAGAUGUGAAGGGAAGAAGGUAAGGACAGAGGAUGCGAGCACAUCCAAUUCCGCUUGGCACAAGUUGUGGGAGUCUCAUCAAGCCUUGCUUGGUCUGCUUUGGGGGGAAAAUUCUGCUAUGCCCAUCUUUAUCUUUCUCCGGUGCUAAACUUUGCUGAGCCAUGCAAAGGAGGACGACAUGGCACUCUCCCUGCGUGAAGCAGUUUCGCUGCUCUUCUCGCGUGUGUGGCACCGUACUCGCUCAGCAUUACCAGCGUUCUUUCUCAAGCUGUGAACUCCCCCAAGCUGAGCUGAGCUGAGCUGAGCUGAGCUGAGCUGAGGACUCCCGUGCAAUUGUACCUGAAUAGACGGACUGGAAAAAACGAUUUAAAAUUUUAAAAUUUUAAAUAAAGGGGGAGACGAAGAGUUUGAUGGGGAGACUAAUUACGGAGAAUGGGGUGUGGCCCGUAGCCUGAUCGCUUCUAUUGCAGACUCGCACUAGGACUAAUUUGAUUUGACGGAAUGAAUGUAGCCUGGAGUU